UCUUGUUGGCGCCCUUGCGUCUCAACAACUGGCGCGUUUUUGAAAUAGUCCUUUGGAAGAAUGUAUUUUUCGACCUAAAACGUGGGCCUUUAGGAAAACACAAAUCCAACACUUCUACCUCACGUUCUUACGACCAAAGGCGACGCUCGCAGGAUGUGCGCACCAGUUUGGGGAACUGUUGAGUGGCAACGUUUCUCUCCGUUUUACUCUGCUAGCUUGUUUUCGCCCGUAUUUAUGCUCGCAACAAAUAGACGUGAGGUCUCUGAUUAGUUUGCUGUCGACACGGACACGCAAACAGGAAAGCAGCUUGGGGUAGUUUCCGAAGUGUUCCUGUAUUCGGUCCUUAUUGAGAAUGGCUGGUGUUGUGGCAAUGGCGUCUGUCAUAGAAGAUUUUGACACGCAGCCUUGCAAGAAAUCUAGCAAAGAUGGCGGCAGUGCUGUUGUCAAGACAAUCACCAGCUAUUUCUCCCCUGUGGCCAAGGUUGUGGAGAAAGCCUUCUCACCUCCUCGCUCCAAUAACAUCAUGGACUAUUUUAGCCGUGCGCCUCUGUCCAGUCCCUCAGAACAUCCUAAAGGGAAUGGUCAGAAGUCUUCAGAAAAACGCACCAGCCCAGAUGUAGGUGUGAAUCAGCUGUCUCGCAAACAGAGGAGAAAGACAACGAAAGCCGCACGUAAACUAGUCGAUCUGGAAACGGUUAUAUCAAAUGAUGAGGCAAGCUCCUUUAUCGUGAAAGAAUCCGACUUGGCGACAGAUUGCCCAAAUGUCUGCGCUGUCCUUGGGAGUGAUACAGCUGCUUUGCUAGCCCAGAUUAGCGCCGAUGCCUAUAGCUCUAAUCGAUCGAUGGAGAGCGACACUCGUCAGCUUGUUAAGCAGGCUCAAAAAGAUGAAGCUCACAAAAGUGCCUCUAAAUGUGGGAAAGAUGCCCAACCUGAAUCAGAUGAGUCAAUCAAUAGCGCCUCAUCUCCGGUUGUACAUGCAAGAAAGGAGGUGAAAACAAAAGCUGUACACAACUCAAGAAAGAAUAAACAUAAGAAGGAAAAUCACUUUGAAUCCGAGCUGAAAAGUGCCGAGAGGUCUUGCGCUGUCCACGCGGAGGUUAAUGAAGACACUGAGUCGAAGAGCAACACAGUCAUGAUCUCCUUUGAGGAUUUCUUACGCAGUCAGAGCGAGGUCAAGGGUGAAGAAAAAAGGACCGGUGUGCAAUGUGAAGACAUAAAUAUACCUCAAGAGGCUGAUGAAAUGGACACUCACCAGUCGGACACCUCUAAACCUAAAGAAGACGACUCUCUCCAAGUCUCACCUCCAACCAUCUUGGUUCAGGCUCAAAUGCACACCAUCUCAAACCCCGAGAGAAGCGGAGCAUUGCAAAUGAACAGGAGAAAGGCUGCGAGCCGUCUUACAAAGGAAGCGUCACCUCCUCACACGGCGUCCCUAACAGCCAAACGCAAAUCCAAUGUGGUUCUUGAAGAGGAGGAUCUUGACCUGGCUGUGCUUGGGAGUGAACCCUUGUGUCCUGACGUUGAGAGAAAACAGUUCAUGGCGGCCUUCAAGCAACCCGGCCUGGAUGGCUCCAAAGCAAAGCUGGCCAAGAACCAGGCCAAGCAAAAACAACCGAUAGAGAAAGAUGAAGAGGAAAAUGAUUUUCAGGAAAACACAAUGGUUAUAAGAUCAAAAAGAAAAUGUAGGAAAGCCGCACUCAAAGUCUCAAUCGAUGGCGUCCAAGAGGAGCCCGACGCUCCUUCAAAUCCUUCUAUCGCAACUUUGACGAGGUCAGCCUCCAAAACAACUCCUGUUAGCAAAGUGGAUAGUUUGAAGGAUUCUCAUCAUUUAUCCCCCUCCAAAACACAACGCAAGUCCAAACAUGGAGUCUACGAAGUAGAGAUUGUCUCUCCGCCUGACGGUGAAGAGUCUCCAAUCAGGAUAAAAUUGAGAAGACUUCAGCGAAAUGUAUCUGAAGGUGACAAAAAUCCUCCUUUGGCGUGCCAUGCGUCGGAUAACGCCACAAAACACAAGAAGGCCAAGAAACUGGUGGCGAAAGCCAAAGCCGUUCAACAGAUUAAGAAAGACGCUGUGGAGAGUAAGAGCGCCUUGAGGCGUUCGGCAAGGACCAAGGCUUCCAUCUUGACGAGUUACUCUGAAGACGAGAUGGAACCACAAAAAAGUCCGACUAAGACUAAGUCUCUACGCAAUCUAAAUGACGUGCUGGGAAAAGCCCCCAAAGCUCCCUCAGCUUCCUUGGCAGGCCUGGAGAAGACCGCUCGCAAGUCGUCUUCUGUGAUUUCCAUCUUUGACGAAAGCAGCCAGGAGGGCUCCCAAAACUCUCAAGACGAUGAGCAGUUCAGGGCUCGCCGAGAGUUUCUCAAGAGUGGCCUGCCCGAGUCCUUCAAGAAGCAGAUGGCUAAGGCUGCUGCCACCAAAGAGACGUACACACUUUCCUGUGCCUCUUUCCAACCGGUGCUCCACGUCACGCAAAUACCCACAGAUUGUCCUCUAUGGAGUCUACCCUGGCCCGAGUCUCCCCAACUGUGCCAUCUCAAUGAGCUUUCCAUCCAAGUUCCUGAGCCCUAUCUUCCUCUAAACGGCCCCUUGGGCUUGAAGGCAAAAGCAGAACGUGGAGUCUUUUGUCAACGAGGUUCGGGCUGGAGGCUUGAGAUGUCUGACAAAGUUCGUCAGCUUCUGACGGACGAGGUCAUGGCCACAAACCCUCUCUUCCCUGCUAAGACGUUCCUGCCUCGCUUCUUGGCCCGACGUGCUGAUCAUCAACACCACUUAGAGGCUGCAAGCACUCGGUCCUCACCUGAGCCAGUGGGAGGGAAGAGGAAGAGGAUGGACGACAAGGUGGCCAAAGUAGCUAAGAAACAGCGGGCUGCCCAUGAUGAAGAAAACACUCUGGAGCCAAAGAAGGGAGGCCGCGCCAAACGAGCCCAGAGACUCCGACUGACAAAUAAGGCAAAAGACAAGCCUUCGUCGGGAGAUGACGAUCCUAGAAUUGCGCUCGAUGACUUGUGUGUGGAAACGGACAAGAAAGUCGAGGCCAUGGAGGAUGUGUUGUGGACGGAAAAAUAUCAGCCGCAGUGCUCCGGCGACAUCGUCGGUAACAAAGCCUCAGUGCUGAAGCUGCACAGUUGGCUGAAGGAAUGGAAGCUCCGUGCAGACAGGGAAGAGAGAAAUAAGCAGAAAGAAAAGACACAAGAGGAAGGCAGCAUCGAUUCUGACUGGGACUGCGGUGACGAGGACCCCUUGUUUGCCGAAGACUCCUUGUGCAAUACCGUCCUAAUUACAGGACCCAAGGGAAUAGGAAAGACCGCCUCAGUCUACGCCUGUGCUCAGGAGUUGGCUUUUAAGGUGUUUGAGGUGAACGCUUCUUCUCAGCGGAGCGGCCGUCUGAUUCUGUCCCAGCUGAAGGAGGCCACUCAGUCGCACCAGGUGGACAGUCAAGGAGUCAACGCCAACAAGCCGGCAUACUUUAACAGCUACGGCACAAGCAGCAGCAGCAGCAGCGCCGGCAAGCAUGGAUCCUCUCCAAGGAAGCCAAACUCUCCUCGCAAGGUCGUCUCAUCUCCCAGGAAAGCGCCCAACUCCCCGAGAGGUGCCAAACGAGGAGGCCCGGCUCCGACCACUUUAGCUAACUUCUUCAAAACGAGCCGAGCCGCCGGCGGCAAGGAAGCGCAGAGCGCUACGCGGGAUGAGCAAAAGAAAGUCAAGCCACAGGAGGACAGCGCAGUCAAAUCAGCCUCGGCUUCCGAGGAGCAGAGCAAGAGGACGGCAACCUCGCUCAUCCUGUUUGAAGAAGUGGAUGUUAUCUUUGACGAAGAUGCCGGCUUUCUCGCCGCCAUCAAGACCUUCAUGAGCACCACAAAGAGACCGGUCAUCCUCACCACCAGUGAUCCCGCAUUCCGCACCAUGUUUGAUGGCAACUUUGAAGAGAUCCAUUUCAAAAGUCCCCCUUUGCUGGACGCGAGCAGCUACCUGCGUCUGUUGUGUCUGGCCGAGGACACGAGAACCGAUCAGCGCGACGUCGACGCGCUGCUCCGACUCAACGGCUGCGACAUCCGCCAGAGCCUGCUGCAGCUGCAAUGCUGGACCCGCAGCGCCGGCGGGCGCCCCCUCACAUCACCCUCGGACAACGCGUGCGGAAACGAACCCAAGGGUGAGAGCAGCGGUGAAGCGGCGGACGCGUGUCCUCGACCUCCACGUGAAAGCGGCUGCACGGAGAGCCGGCUGGGCCUGCUGAAUAUUGAACCCGAGAGAGAUGUUUGGGACUUGCUUCGGAUUGAGACGCAUGAGACGGCUUUGUGGGAGCUGCUAAUGGAGAGCACUCGCCAAGGAGUUCACUUGCUCUACUCCAACAUGGAGACCCUCUUACCUUUACCACACACGACGCUGAUCCCCGCCUACAAAACGGAGUCCCUCUCUGAAAUCACACCUUCCCACGCGAGGCCGCCGCUGACGUCUGAAUCGGCCGAUUGCUCAGAUGACGACGGUCCGUUCAAAGUACCCCGCGGAAAGAAGAGGAACAAGAAGAAACGCGUCCUACCUGACCUGGAUGGACUGCACUCAGACUCUGACUCCGAGGAGAGCUUCCUCUCGCUCUGCAAGCAGCGAGAGGGAGCUCGGGCCAAAGAGGAACCCACUGAAAGACUAGUUCCACAAACGGUCAAAAGGAAAGCGCUGACUCCUGCGGAACAUCGAAAGAGUCUUCCUGUCUCCCAAUGUCUACAAUCCAUAAGUGACUUUUUCGACACUAUGUCCGCUAUGGACUCCGCGCUCGUUCAUUACGGAGACGGUCCUCACGGGGGACCUUCCCGAGUCACGGCGGCUCUGAAGGACGGAAUGAGCGACGAGUCCAGAGUUGAGCCCGACACGUGGAGCUGGGCGGUAGGCGAGCGUGCGCUGGAGAUCCAGACCGCCGUGGAGGCCCUGAGCUUCCACAAGUGUCGGCGCUCUGCGGCCGAGGCCUGGGAGCGAGCCCGGCGGCUGGAGGCGCAGCUGGCCCGAGACGCUGCGGCGGAACUCACCCUCCCUGUGGCUGCUCAUUGUCAACAAUACAGCUUCACUCAGAGCAACCUCUGUCAGCCGCUAAUAAUGCAGAGGAGAAGAGACGCUGUGGAGAGUGUGGCGUGCAGCACAUUUGGCGCGCUGGGCAACAGAUCUGCAACUGCUGUGGACUACAUGCCUGCCCUGCGCACCAUCUGCAGGUCUGAGAAGAUUAAGGAACGAGGCAAGGUGAAACGACGGUUCCUGCACUACCUGGACUCCAUCCAUCUGGGUCUCCACAAGAAUACUCUCCAAUACCUUUCCCGAGACUUCCCCUAAUCCUGGGAGAAAAGGCUACAUCCACUUGUGGUUAUUUUCACAGUGUGUUGUCUGCUGGCCACCAGCUACAUUGGUAACCCACUUCAUGAAAGUGGUGCGACCUCACUCAUCACAUCAGUGUGUUUGUGUAAAGCGUCGUUAUACUCAGUAGCAAUUCUAUAUUCUUGACUUUGCUUUUGGAAAAUUGUUUUCUAUUGGCUUUUCAGAGCAACUAUGAAUCUGUCAUUUUUGGUGUGAAAAAAUAGUAUGAAAUUGAUGUGUAGAGGGCCCCAUCAUGUGGCCUUCCCUUUGAAGGCACUUAAUCACAUUUUUACAUUUUUUCUACAUUCUAUUUGGACACUUUCACAUUGGGAUUGUGUUUUGAGUGAAUAAAUGUCUUUUUUUUUU